GUCGCGGGGAUCGAAGGCACUUGGUUUGCGAGGAGGAUCGAAGGCAUUCCAGGCAAGCUUCCAUGGGCGCCCUUAAGGGUGUGGCACCAUGGGCGUCGCUGGUUGGAGAAGGCGCAAAGCUUAGGGGAGGCGCUGACAGCGAAGAACUGAUCCAUAGAGUUGAGGCAACGACAAUGAGCGAGCUGGGCAGAGCCGCUGGGCACCUAGUGCAACCAUGCAAGUACGCCUUGGGCGUUGAAGGUGAGUUAUUGCUCCAUGGGGUUGGGGUGUGGCGUCCAGGAGGCGAGCAUCAUAGGCAAGCUCCUAUGGGCUCCGUUGCAGGGCACAUCACUUAUGGAGAGGUCGCCAAAAAAGAGGCGCAGACCGAGGAGGUCGAGGCGCUAUAG